GUACGCACUUCAUUCCUUAAGCAGAAUGCAGAAAAAUAUGGUUCACUUCCUUUCAACCGAUACCAUCCGAUCCAUGAGUAACUCAAUUGGAAGGAUGGAGCUAACUCCAUGGGAUCUCAAUUUCCUCUUGCAGGAGCAUAUGCAAGGUGGCCUCCUCUUCCAUCUCAAACCUCAACCUUCACAAGAACAAGAUGCUCAUCAUCUACCCAAAAACGAUGUGAUUGAUCACCUAAAAGCCUCCCUCUCCCGCACACUGGACAUUUUCUAUCCCCUUGCCGGCCGCCUCGUCAUGAUCGAAAACGACGAUAAGACCGCCAGUUUCUUCGUGGAUUGCAAUAAUCUUGGAGUCCAGUUCGUCCAUGCAGUUGCAGACGGUGUCACUGUAGCUGAUAUUCUUGACCCCAUCUACGUUCCACAAUUUGUGGAAUCCUUCUUUCUUAUGAAUCGUGUUCUCAACUACGAAGGCACUAAUUCCAAGCCAUUGCUCUCUGUUCAAGUAACCGUCCUUGUCGACGGCUUCUUCAUCGGUUGUUCACUAAAUCAUGCGGUUGCCGAUGGCGCUUCAUUCUGGCAUUUCUUCAAUACUUGGUCUGAAAUCUCCCGGGGUUCCUAUGACGUUAAAUCGACACCGCUCCCAAUAUUCGAACGUAGUUUUUUUGACGGUAUCAUCGACUUCCCCCUCCACAUACCAAACCCUUACAAAGAAAAUGUUGAGAGGGUCGUUCAUCCACCGCUGCAACAGAGGUAUUUCCAUUUUCCAAAAGAAAAGAUAGCAGAACUUAAAGCAAAGGCCAACGCUGAAAUGAACACUAACAAGAUCUCAUCUUUGCAAGCACUAUUGGGUUAUUUUUGGCUAUCCAUAACUCGUAGUCGUCGUCUGAAUGAUGAUCAAGAGGUUCAAUACUUGAUUGCUGUGGGGGCGAGGCAAAGAAUGCACCCCCCAUUGCCGAAUCAGUACUUCGGGAAUGCGGCCCAAGCGGUGAUGGCCACAAGCACAGUAGGAGAUCUAAUACAGCACGGACAUGGUUGGGCAGCUUGGCAUAUAAAUAAUAUGCUUGCUUCAAAAAUUAAAGAAGAACAGAGGAAGUUCUUGGUUGAUUGGUCGAAAAACCCUAGGAUGGUAAAGUUUAGUGGCAUGAGAAGUACUAAACUGCUCACCGGAAACUCCCCACGAUUCAAUGUGUACGGUAAUGAUUUUGGUUGGGGAAGGCCGGUCGCAGUGCGAAACGGUGUUUCGCUAAAAUUCGAAGGGAAUUUAACGGUGUUCCCUGGGAAGGAAGAGGGUAGCAUUGAUUUUGAAGCUUGCCUUUUGCCGGAGACAUUGGAUGCGAUGGCGAAGGAUGCAGAGUUUAUGCAGGCUAUCACCUCAUGAAAUUCUCGAUACAGAUAGAACAAAGAUGGUGGAAUAUUAACUAGAUUUGAGUCCAAAAAUAAAUAUUGGUGAAACCAAAGAAAAUAAAAAAUAAUAAUAUUUGCAGUAUCCGAUCAUCGUAUAAUUUUUUUUUUUAAAAGUGAGUAAAUAACGAAUUCAUAUGAAAAAAUUUUAAUUUUUUAAUAGUUAAUCAUAUUUUUUUUUUAAAACAAUUACGUGACGUUUAUGCAUUCAAUGAUUAUACAUAAUAUUACUUCAAUCCAUUCGAAUUCAUGGGAAGGGUGUCAUUUUUUUUUUUUUAAUUUGAGAUUCGAAUAUAUAAAUACAUGUGUUGUUGUUUGCAUUUUUUCCAGGCAAUUAGUUCAAUGGCCUGUAUAAGUGUGAUGCUCUCUUUUUAUAAUAGCGAUGUAAUAUUGUGUAAAAAUAAAAAUAAAAAAUUAUGGUGAAUAACAACUUGUUGGUGUA